CGUACCUCCCUACAUACCCAACACAUCGGCGCCCGCCCAUAACCACCUAACCUGCCCUUUACCUACCUGGCCUAGGCUGAUAACUCACCUUCUAACACAUCCUUCCCAUUGACUUGUUUCGACCCGAAUACCACCCGCUCCAUUUCCUGCGAAUCAUUCCUCCCACAUUGCCAUGGUAUUCGCCAGAUGUUUUCCUCAUGUCCUGCCCGUCUCGUAAUCCCGGAAAUGCCGCAUCUGCCGCGCCGGUGAGCCCCCAAGGUGUGGCCGCCGGUACUCCCAGCACCGUCGCUGCUACCACUGGGACGGCGGCUGGCAGCCCAUCCUCCUCGUCCCUCGCUGUGACUGGCUCAUCCUCCAUAUCCGACCAUGCACCACCAGAUGCAAGUAUCUCGCCUGUCGUGCCAGUUCUUCCUGGCUCCCAUGUGCCGUCCACAUCCCCGUCCCCGUCCCCGUCCACAUCCCUCCCAUCAUCCCUGGCCGCCAACCAUGCCGACCAAAACAAUAAGAAAUCGCGGCCGCCCGCCGCUCUCCAGAGAUCCAAUGGCCCGUCCUUGCUAACCCAGGCCCUCGCUUCUGCUCGUGGAAUUCCGCCUUCCCAUGCCUCCCAGGCAGACCAGCGAGGUCCCGAGCAGAAGCCCAUCGCACACUCUCACGAACCGAGCCAACCUCGCAAUGUAUCCGGGGCACGCAUCGGGCCCGCGUUAGCUGACCCGCAGGGUGAACCCCAGACUUCCGAGCCUGCGAGCACGAUAUCUGCGUCGCCGUCUUCGAUUCUGUAUCCGACGGCAGACGCCGUAUCUGCUCGGCCCGCAGCGAUGCCUAGCACUACAAGCGCCAGCACGAUGCUCUUGAACGAUGGGAACUAUGACGAGGGUGUUAGGAUUCGAGGCCGGUCAUUGGAGCGCACCGACAAGGAAAUCCGUUUGCAUUUACCGAAUAGCCCUAAGCCGUAUGCUGAUAACAUCGGUGAUACUUCGUUCUCCCAUGCCGUUGGUGUCGCCGAUAUCGCCCCUUCCCAUAACGACAAGGCCGAAUCCGUAUCCGACUCGCGGGUUCAGUAUAGGGCAUGGCGAGUUGAGCGUACGCUCUCGAUGGGCCCGGAGAAGGCUUGGUCUAUUGGUGCCAGCGAUAAGAUCGGCCAUCAAGACGGGCAGGUCGAGAAGUCCAUCACCGAGGUGCUAGCGGGUGUCGAACCGACCCGUAGUCGAAAAGCAAGCCACAGUCUGAGAUUUUUCAAGGAAGGCCUCCCAGAAGAGACAAGCAGGCGGAGAGAAUCGAGAUCGAAGCAACCUGACGACGAUUACUGUGCCUCGCAGACGCCAACGCCCCCACCUCGCCCUGUUGACAGCGAACAGUCUUCCCGCCUGCCAACCUCGCGUUCUUUCACAUGGGGCCCGCCCGGUCACACAGCAGGUCCCCGCGACGUCGCCGAACUCGACCGCUUUGGCUCGUCAAACCCACGGAAAGAUAUUGCCGACUAUAAGCAAGGCUCAUCUCCCUUGGGGCGACCGGCCGUACCCAAGAAGUACGUCCAUGACGCAUAUGACAGUUCUGUUAAGCCUGAUGAGGACGUUGCGCAAGCCCACCGAAAACCAAGCGACGCUACAGAAACCAGCGAAGUCGCCGAAGAAGGCGAGGAGUCGUCUGAAGAAAAGAUAUCCUCUGCUGUAUUUCUACCCCAUCAGGGCUUAGAUUUGUCUUCGGAGAACGGGAAUGCCGUUCCCAAAGAUUUUCAUGGGCUUCAGCCAUCCUCACGAAAACCCCACAGUGAGGAUUUCCAUCCUUGGUUGGUUAAAGCAGAUGAGCCUGAAGCUGAAGAUGACGCAAGAGCCGAUGGAGCGGACGGUGGUAAUAUUGACCGUAAUAAUCACACUGCUCCGCGUGUUCAAAGCUUCCCACGAAUAGAUGAUGAAUGUGCUGUCGAGGAUGAAAUUGAGUCCCGAUCAGUGUCUCAGUAUUGCGCAGAUGUGGCUCAUGAGCUCCCACUUGAACCAAAGCUACCCCUUGAGGCCAUCGAGCUUAUUCCCUAUAAGCAUCAGGUUGGUGGUCAUACAACUAUAUGGAGAUUUUCCAAGAGAGCUGUCUGCAAGCAAUUAAACAACCGAGAGAACGAGUUUUAUGAAAGAAUUGAACGAUGGCAUCGUGAUCUUUUACCCUUUUUGCCGAGAUAUAUCGGCGUCCUCAAUGUCACAUUCCAGAAACAGCCACGACGAAGGUCGACGAUCAAGAACAACGAUGGCCAGAUAUCAGAGAAAAAAGCAGGCGAACAAGACGGCCAGUCGAAUAACACGAACGGAAGCGUUAGCCUGGGACCAUCACAGGGCUCGGACGUCCCGGAACAGCGUCAUCACCGCAGGAUAAUUAGCCAAUCCUUACAAUCAACGCUGACACCGAUCCCUACCGUCACUUUCGUCGAUAACCGACAUAUACUUCCCCGAAGUUUACUCCGACCUGUAGUGUCAUCUGGAGACGCCGGCCGCCCGUGGAGUGCGUCCGCAGUCCUAGGACGGCAUUAUGCUAGCGAUGACAGUAGCCGACCGUCAGGCCAUGGGGUAGUAGCAUCGACUCGGCCCUCUCUAGAACAUAAACAUGCAAAUAGCUGGGGUGCGACAACUGUUAACAAGAGGCUACGGAACGAGGUUUUCAACGACGCAUUUCUGAAGCAGCCUAUCGCAGUCCAUAAACAUCGGAGGCCCGCAUCUCAGCAGCGAUCGAUUCCUCGGCGAUCAGUACAUCGAAUCGAACGACCGGCAAGCUCUGGGGAUAUUUCGACUGGUCGGGAAGACGCUCGAAAUGGCAUCCCAAAAGCCUACGAAACACCAUUGUCAAAGGCUCCCCCACGCCUCUUGCAGGGCCAAAGUGACACGAGUGCGGAUUCCAGCUAUCUUAGAGUAGAGAGCGUGGAUCGCGUGGAGGAUGUCACAGGAACGAGCGCCCCAGAGCCCGAAACGUGGUCAGAGAAGUUUCACCAGCAAAGGCGAAAAAGACGCAAUUCGGGGAGCAAACUCCGGCGGAGACCGCAGGAUGUGAUGGAAUCUCGUGGCAAUCUGAAGUACUUCGAGGACCCGGAUGAUGUCGAAUACCUAAAUGACAGCGGAACACAUGGAGCGCUGAGCAUGCUCUCUAAUGACGGGAACGGGGUUGAAAAAGGCGGCGACGACGCUGUCAAGAACGGUAAUGCGACGGGCAGCUCUAUUUAUCGGUCGAAUUUCUCGUCGGAGGUCCCUUCGGAACUCCCGAGCCCGACGAUGGAAUUAAAGAGGAUUACACGGCCGGUCAACCCGAAGGAAGCGCAGACACAGCAGCCCGGCUCGCGAGUCGAGUACUUCCUUCUGCUCGAGGACCUCACUGCCGGCAUGAAAAGGCCUUGCAUCAUGGACCUAAAGAUGGGCACUCGGCAGUACGGCGUCGAGGCUAGCCCGAAAAAGCGAGAGUCGCAACAGCGAAAGUGUGCCGCGACUACGUCGAGGAAGCUGGGGGUGCGAGUUUGCGGGCUCCAGUCCUGGGACGCCAAAUCGCAGACAUAUAUCUUCAAGGACAAAUACUACGGGCGGACUCUCAAGGCCGGCGAAGAGUUUCAGGACGCGCUCACCAUGUUCCUCUACGACGGCGUGGACUACAGCAGUGUCCUAAAGCACAUCCCCACCAUCAUACAAAAACUGAACCAACUUGAGAUGACUAUCCGUCGGCUGCAGGGCUACCGGUUCUACGCGGCCAGCCUCCUCAUGUUCUACGAUGCCGACACGUCCGACGAGGGCUAUGACACGGUGGUCGAUGACUCCACCACCGACUUUGCGACGGACACGGAGGACACGCGGGAUGCUAGGAGACGACGCAGAAACAAGAAAGAGAUUGAUUUCAAGAUGGCCGACUUUGCAAACAGCGUCACGUCGGGAGACUUGGGCGGAGACAAGCCGUGCCCACCGAAGCAUCCGAACGAGCCAGACCAUGGCUUCCUCCGUGGCCUCGCAACCUUGAGGAAGUAUUUCCUGAAAAUCCAGCAGGACGUGCGCGACGAGCUAGGGCUGAUCACACCGCGCAGGCAAGGCCAAGAGGCGGCGUUGGAGAAGGAGGGGGAGGAGGAGGAGGAGGAGGAGGAGGAGGAGGAUGAUGAUGAUGAAAGUUAUAUCAGCGAUUGAGGGAAUAGGUGAAUCGGUCAGUGGGCGGGUAAGAAGCUAGACUUGCCGGACUAUUUUUGAUUCUUCGUCGAUACCAUGAAGUCUGGGGGUUCCGUAGAAGGGCGCAUGGGUAUGUCCAGGGUCACGGGGGUCUACGGUCCACGGUCCACGGACUGGCGCUCCCUCGGUUCGGUCGGGUUGUAAUUUAUGACGCUUUUCUUUCUACCGCAGCCGCAUAUUUGGGCGUCUUGAGACCGACGGCUGCAGAAAAUGAUUUACGAUAAUAAUGGCAGGGUUUGCCUGUCGUACGUAUUUAUAAAUAAGGCGCGGUAAGAGUCUCACUACGUUUACCCAGGUUAACCCCUGUAUCUGUAUAGGCAGCUAAGUUGUAUGGGCCUCGUAUGCACCUAUCCGUAAUCAAAGGC